CUCUCUCUCUCUCUCUGAGCUCGAGCCACUCUUCCCCCCUCUCUUGCCUUCACGAGUUCUCCUCCUGAAACCUGCGCGAGGCGGCCACUGAAGCGCGAGGCGACUCCCCCCACCUCUCCCCUUCACUUCAGUCAACAUGGCUACAGUUGUAACCUCGACCAGAUUCACAGACGAAUAUCAGCUGUAUGAGGAACUCGGAAAGGGUGCCUUCUCAGUCGUCCGCCGAUGCGUCAAGAAGUCCACCGGCCAGGAGUAUGCUGCGAAAAUUAUUAACACAAAAAAGCUCUCAGCCCGAGAUCACCAGAAACUGGAGCGAGAGGCAAGAAUCUGUCGUCUGCUCAAACAUCCAAACAUAGUGCGACUCCAUGACAGCAUCUCAGAGGAAGGCUUCCACUAUCUGGUGUUUGACCUCGUCACCGGAGGAGAGCUGUUUGAAGACAUUGUUGCUAGAGAAUAUUACAGCGAGGCCGACGCCAGCCACUGCAUCAAUCAGAUCCUGGAGAGCGUCAGUCACAUCCACCAGCAUGACAUCGUCCACAGGGACCUCAAGCCAGAGAAUCUGCUCCUGGCCAGUAAGAUGAAGGGAGCAGCGGUGAAGCUAGCAGACUUCGGUCUAGCCAUCGAGGUGCAGGGGGACCAACAGGCGUGGUUUGGUUUUGCAGGAACUCCAGGAUACUUGUCCCCUGAGGUGCUGAGAAAGGACCCGUAUGGGAAGCCGGUGGACAUCUGGGCAUGUGGUGUGAUCCUGUACAUCUUGUUGGUGGGCUACCCCCCCUUCUGGGACGAGGACCAACACAAACUGUACCAGCAGAUCAAGGCCGGUGCUUAUGACUUUCCUUCUCCAGAGUGGGACACAGUGACCCCCGAGGCCAAGAAUCUGAUCAAUCAGAUGUUAACGAUUAACCCUGCCAAAAGGAUCACCGCCGACCAGGCCCUCAAGCAUCCCUGGGUCUGCCAACGCUCCACUGUGGCCUCCAUGAUGCACCGCCAAGAGACUGUGGAGUGUCUGCGCAAGUUCAACGCCAGGAGGAAACUUAAAGGAGCUAUCCUCACAACGAUGCUGGUGUCCAGGAACUUUUCAGUGGGACGGCAGCAUACCAGCCCUGCCGCUACCACCAGCACAGCCGCAAUGGCACAGGAAGCGUGCAAAACCUUACUAAACAAAAAGUCGGACGGUGUGAAGUCGCAGGGAAACGACAGUAAAAACAGUGUAGUAAGCAGCAGCAGCACCAAAGACAGCAGCAUGUCAUCUUCAGCACCAAUGGAAGCCCAGACAACCGUUGUGCACAACCCAGCUGACGGCACCAAGGGCUCCACAGAGAGCUGUAAUAACACAGAAGAGGAGGAGAUGAAAGGUAGGAAAGUGGCUGCCUGUGCGUCCACUGGUACAGACAGUGCAGUGUUAACCCAGUGCAGCACUGCUGAGGAACAGACCCGGACCCUGUCUCCUCGCUGCCCACCACCCGCAUCUCAUGUCUUGCAGGAGGCUGUUAGCAGCCCCAGUGUCCCUCAGCCCAGUCCAGCUCAGAGCUCCUGUCCUGAACCAGAGGCUGCUCUGUCGCCUCCUGCAGGCAGCAGCAGCAAACCGCAGCAGACUCGUAAACAGGAGAUAAUAAAGAUGACAGAGCAGCUGAUCGAAGCCAUCAACAAUGGAGAUUUCGAGGCUUACACGAGAAUCUGUGACCCUGGAUUGACUUCAUUUGAGCCAGAAGCUCUUGGAAACCUGGUGGAGGGAAUGGACUUCCACAAGUUCUACUUUGAGAACUUGCUGAGUAAAAACAGCAAGCCGGUGCACACCACCAUCCUCAACCCCCACGUCCAUCUGAUCGGCGAGGAUGCCGCCUGCAUCGCGUACAUCCGCCUGACGCAGUACAUCGACAGCCAGGGCCGGCCGCGCUCCUGCCAGUCCGAGGAGACACGUGUGUGGCAUCGCCGCGAUGCCAAAUGGCUCAAUGUGCACUUCCACUGCUCAGGAGCGCCGGCUGCACCCCUGCAGUGAACUGACAACGCAGGCCCAGCUUUGCCUGAACUCUAAAGCAGUUGGGAGCAUUUAUUCUCCGUGGUCGGACUGGUGCCUGGAUCCUGGCUGGGAAGAGGCUGCUCGGAAAGCUGUAAAAACACAAAUGUUGGGAAAAAUACGUGAUAAAAUUUAAGACAAAAAAAAAAAAAAAAAAGCAUAUUUCAAAAGUUUAAAUGAGUGACCGACCACACCAAUCCAGUCCAACCCUAGCUAGGUGAUGUUGCCCGGCUUCUUGCAGAUGGUGCAUGCUUCUGGUGGCGACACAGGGGUGAUGCUGUCCUGGUCAUUUUUUCCUCCCAUGGCCUUUAUUUCCCCCGUCUUUGUUUUGUCUGCUGUCUGGAAAAGUAUUAACAUGUUGAAAAAAUAUAUAUAUACAUAUCUAUCUAACAACAGAACUUGUACACUUCACACACGUUAAUGGGACUGCGGCGGCGAGUACAAUAUGUGGAAAAAUGUGAUUUCUCUCGUUUUGUGUCGAGAGAGCAGCAGAAGGUCUAACAGAAGUUUGGUUUGUUUUCCAUCCAGUUGGCAGGUAAAUGUGGAUGGGGGUUUAUGGGAACGGGAGCAGCUAAUAUCUGCUUCAUAUCAGGAUUUAUCACCUGUUUUAUGUGUCGGGUUUGAGCAUCUGUACACACUGGGGUUGUGUGUUGUGAUGCGUUACUGAAGGGACCUUUAUUUUUAUUUCGUCUUUUUUGUAUUAUGUGUUAUUAAGCUGUUGGCUUUUAAUCUUUAUUAUGUAUUUCAAAGUAUUUUGUGUUGAAAAGUCAUUUUUAAUCAAAAGGGGAUUUUAUUUAAUAGAUUUGUGUAUAAAUAGAUAUUUAUAUGAGUGAAAAGGGGAAACAUGGUUUACCUUCAGGGUGUAGGGGUGACAGUUUAGAAUAAGAGUGGGUGUUUGGUUUUUGUUUUGUUUUUGAGGCUUUGAGGUCCCGAGGUGUAAAUACAAACACAUAUAUUCACACACACACACAGACACACACACGGUCCCUGUGCUCCAGCUUUUAGGGUUGAGCCUCUCUUGAGCUUUAGACACAACAUUCACGCCAGCUCAUCCUGAAGUUGCAGAGGGUCUCCAUUUGUCUGCCUUGCAGUGUUUGUAGUCGAACACUGGGAGGCGCCAUCGGUCAAAGUCUAAAGCUCCUCGCAUCUCAGAACUACCUAUAUCUGAAAGCAUGCACUCACUCUCUACUUCUUUUUUUCUCUCAUCUUUUUUUUGUGACUUUUUGACGUGAAGCAUGAAUUAUUUGAACGAUCUAAUGGCCCGUACUGUUCUGCACAGACACUUAAGACUCGAUGCUGUUGUGUUCGCCCCUCUGAGGGAGUGAAUCUUUCUGCAACUUCAGGUUACGCUCGCCAAAAUCCUUCCCUUCAACCUUACCUCUUCUCCUCUUCUUCCGUCGUUCCUGCCUCUUACUGUCUCCACAUCUGUCACUCUUGUGAGCCCUCGUCACUGUCUUAGCUGAUGAUGUCGACGAUGUCCCCACCUUUUGCCUGUCUCUUGUUCUGAGUGUGUUCUCUAUAAAAAAAAAAAAAAAAAAAAGUGUAUGUUGUCCGUCUUGGCUUGCUGUUCUUCUGUGUGAAGUCCUGGCACUGUUUAAAAGAAAGGAAAAAAAAAAAAGCAUGUUAAAAAGGGAUUGGACACAACAAGGCAUUAUGGGAAGAGGGCUAUGGUGGCUCGAGGGCUGUGGGACCUUCGCUGAUGGCAAUCAAUGGUUUGGUCCUUUUCUCGUUCCUUAUUGUUGUAGUGGUUAAUGUUUUGAUGUUGAUAUGUUUAUGAGUUGUUUUAGCUGAAACUAUCAAAAAUAAUUAAGCUGGAACUGCUGCCACAACUUUUUUUUUUUAUCCCCUCGCUGAUCAGUAAACACACCUAAUGCUGAAGUCGCAAGACAAAAACAGUUUAUACACACCUGUGGCUAAUUAUAUUAGAUUUUACAAACUCACCUAAGCACACAGGGCCAAAGAAUCUCCCUUUAAAAGAGGACAAAACAUAUCUCUGAGGUUUUUCCUUUUUUCCCACAGUGUCGUUGAAACUUUGUGUGGCUUUGUACCGGCAGAGGAGGGUGAGGCUUGUUGUGUGUGUGUGUGUGUGUGUGUGUGUCGUCUCUGUGCUGCGCUGCUCCACAGUUAACUCACGCUGUACUCGCUGUGGUCACCUAAAAGCUGGAAUUCUGAAGACGCUUCAAAUCAUCACAUAUUGUUUACCAACCGUCUGUGCGUCUUUUCUGAGUGCUGUGACAUAUCUGACACGCUAUGAAAACUGUUUCCCCCUCCACCCACUUCCCCACACACACACACACACACACGUACUUUUUGCAUCACUAAGACUACACGUUGUGAAACCAGUGCUGAAACUAUGAUGUGAUGUUGUCUAUGGCUCUGAGUAGUUCUGUUUGUGUUGUUGGCUCUGGCCCAUUUGUCUGUUGAUGCCACUCAUCUGACAAGAUGCUUUUCUUUUGUUGUGUGUGUGUGCGUGUGCUUGUGUCCACACAGUCAUAGGGAUGUUUGGAAGAGUAAGAUGCAGUUAAACUUUACGUUUAAGUUAUAUAAAAAGGAAGGAAACUGAUCUGAGAGAACAACCAGCUGCAAGGUCAGUUUGCCAAAGUUACAGGUUGGAUCAAGUUUAAAUUUCCAUUUUUCAUCAGUUGAUAUGAAGACAAAGAAAAGACAUUAACAGCAGACACUUUGACUUGUAGCAGGAAGAGCACAAGUGUAAACAUGACAUGAGAACCUGUUCUUGCUCUCUGGGACACUCGCAGUCAGCACUGAUGUUGUUCCACCUGUGCUUUUCCUGUUAUGACCUGUAAAAAUCUGUCAGUCCUGAAUCUGUUGAGCCCUUGGACUUGGCCAGCUGGUGCAGCGAGUUCACUCACACUUUUAUCCUUCUUCAUACUCAGUUGUAUAACAGUGAUUCCCAAUCUUUAUCACACCUUAAAAUGAGGCAUUAUCUACUCAUGGCCCCUCAUCAUAUGUCAUGUCAGUGGUGAGCAAGUCCAUCUUUUCACUUUGUUUGGUUUGGAUAAUCUCUAAAGGGCUGAUGAAGUAAAACUACCACCGAUUUCACAGAAAAAGCUGUGAAAAGUACCCUGUGAAGUUCAUGACCAGUAGACCAAUGAAAUACGACUGCUGGCACGCUGUAGUCCUCAGACUUCACCCACCUGUUGGGCCCUCAGCGCCUUCUUGUGACCAGGGUUGGGAACCUCUCUUGUACAGUGUAACCAUCCACAUGACUGCGCUGUUUAUUCUUCAUUUCCCAUCAUGCAUCUCAGUAACUUCAGCUGAUGACUGAAUUGUUUCUUUGUAGUGCUUUAUUCAGUCUGAUCAGUCAAAUUUAGUCAUCAGCACAUUUAUAUAUAUAUUUAAAAAAAACAACAGUUUCUCACUUACCACUAUUUUGCCAUGCAGAUAAUUUUGGUUUUAUUUGCUGGAUUUCGACAUAUUCUUGAGAUUUCUGCCUCCACCUGUAAUACACAAAUAAUAAUAAUGAUAAAAAAAAUAAACUAAAUCUCCAUGAGUAUUACAUGUAGAGGUACGUGAGAAAACGUUUGUUGUAAUUUGGAUGAACUAACCCAUUAAAGAGCACAGUUGAUGGUCUGCAGCGAUCCAGCUGCUCAACAAACCCUGUACUGUCUAACAUCGGACAUGGUGGCAAAACGCACAUAUUUUUGCACAGGGUCUGGACAGUGAAUCUGAGCUGGGUCUCACUGAAGGAUAUGGAAGCAAAGAAAGGCCUGUUUUGUUUUUUUUUUGUUUAUUUUACAAAUAAUCUUAUAUAGUUUAAUUACUUCAGAAUACUCAGUAUUAUCAUGUUUUAUUUUGAAUACCAUCUGCAUUCAUUUUUGUGGUUUGUCUUUCUGAAAGGUAAUUUUGAAGUUAAUGUUUAAUUUUAAAGUUUGAUCUUUUCAUCUUGAACUUUGGUGUUGUAAUUUCACCAAUCCAAUUUUAGCAACUUGAUUUUGUGAUUUGUUUUUAUAGAUCUGACAAACAGUUUUUUUGGUGUGUCGGACACUUAAAUUGUCAGAAUUUGUGUUCAUUUGUGGGCCGUCUUUGCUUCCAUGUUAGUUCUACAGUGUGACCUCCCUGCUUCAGCUGAAUUGUCACUGAGAUCCGGUGUGACGUAACAUGACAGGGUAUCGAUUUUUGAGUCAAUUAUGUAUAUAGGAUAUGUGACCAAAUAUAAACUUUACACAGAAUAACUUUGGGCUGAUUGCACCUACAAAGGAAAGAUGAUUCACAGUAGGUAAAGUAACUUGGUGUCUGUUGUUUUCAUUCAUAUACAUUUUUGUUUUAAAAAUGCAAAUGUGUGUAAAACUAAAAUAAAGUCUAUAUAUUCCACAUUUGCACAAAUACUUGUGCAGAUGUCUAAUAUAUGUUAGAUUAAAACAGUACCUGACUGAACUGAGGGGAAGAAAAGAUGCUUGAAAUAUUUAAAACAGAAGUUGGAAAGGGAUAGUUUAAAAACCACAAACCGCAACACUAUAUAUGCAGUUUUACAAAUGGAAGAAAUAUGCAUGUCUACUUUCUGGUAAUUUUUCACUGUUUACUUGAUAAAGAAAUGGAAAUCUAUGUUACUUGCAUCCUCAAGGUUAUGAAAUGGCUCCGUCUGAGAUAUCGAAAUCAAGUUAUCUCACAUUAAAAUGCAUAAAAGAUUAGCAAAAGCCUUAGCUUGUAUGUAAGUAAAACUAUUGCAUUGUAACCUUAUACUGAAAGGGGCUACAUGUAUCUAUACUCUUCUGAGUUUCAAUUGGAUGCUGGAUUUUUGCAUGACCAUACAGUUAAUAAAUAUCAUACAUUAAAAGCU